GUUCGGUGUAUCUCAUCCCCCCAGGCGCGACCGUUCCCCUUGCGUAGAUUGAUGCGCCCUCUAACAUAUCUCGCCAUCUCCAAAGACAAGUUUCCGGCGUAGCAUCAUGGCGUCUUCGAGUCUCGAAUUCGAAGGAGGGGGGGACCACGUAUUUUCUUGCUUACCACCUGAGCUUUGGCUCAAAAUCGCACAUCACUUAUGCCCGUCCGAAGAAUGGCUGAGCCAUAAAGAGUCCAAGUAUGCCAUAUCGAAUAUGUCUUUGGCCUGCCGAUACUUCUGCGACCUUUGUCGGCCUGUUCUCUUCAGCGAUAUGAGGUUUACACGGAACCUUGAUUUACCCCCAGACUUCCAUAUCAACUGGUACGACUUUGUCUUGGAAAAUCAUAGCACACCUGCAUCGCUUGCAUCAUACGUCCGGUCAUAUAUGCUAUACGAUUGGCGCGGUCUGUCGGAGUUCCGCAGAUGGGGAGUGGACGGCCUCUCCCCUCUUCAAGACAAGCAGCUGCAUCUUCAAGUUUUGUCCCUGUUGCCGCAGCUGCAGAACCUUUGUUUAUCGGAGGUGGAUCUCGAUAUUGUAGGCAUGCAAGUCAUAUUGGACCUGCCUGCUCUUCAUUCACUGGCCUUCGAACGGUGUAAAUUUUUCGCCCUGGCCGAUUCUAUCAGAAUACCAUCCGUCAUGGUAGCCAUCAAGAAAUUCACGUUUUGUGACACCCUGUCCACUAUGGACGAUGGUUUUGAUCCCUUCAUACCCGCCGUCAUGGCCGCGGUUGCCUCGCCUUCCUUACGGAUCUGGAAAUCGGAUGAUCUCAGGCUUACUGGGACAUUAUGUCUCCUGGUAGAUCCUUCAUUUCUAGAGGACAUGACCAUCCGGGUGAAUAAAGCUAAAUUACCGCUGCUCUCAAAAUUUCUUCUUCGGACACCCUCGAUCCACAAACUUCACAUCACGCAUCUUCCGCACAACGUCGCUGAUACAUCUCACGAUUUCGAUUUGCCUCAAACGGGAUUACCAGACCUUCGUGAUCUGCAAUGUCCGUUGUAUUUGCUCCCCCUGUUGGUACCCAAUCGGCCGAUACGCCGGCUACACAUAAAUGGGAUUGUGAACAGAGAGGUACCGAGGUCGACACGAUAUUUUGAUAUCGACCUGGCUCCACUUGCGGCCCUUGCUCAAGCAACCUCUACAAUUGAAGAUCUGACCGUGCCCAUGACAAUAUAUGAUAACGUACGCUUGGAAGAGUACAUCCCUGCUAUGGAUUCCUUGACAAUAUCUGACGAUCGUGGGCUCCCCAUGAAAAUCAAGAGCCACAAUCCGAAAGUGAAAGGGCUGAAUUGCAAGUGUUAUCAGGCAGAUCCGCUCGCUAAUGACGGCCUUGCCGAGCAACACCUUGAUCUGCGGAAGCAGAAAGAAUGGCUCACCCGCUUAUGCCCCGCUUUCCCCGAUGCCGUUCGAAUAUGUGUGACGUGGUCUCAUGUUCACUGGCGACGCGCAAGCCCGGGGAGCACUGUCUGGACUCCUGUGGUUGCUGAAAGGGGGGCGGCCCGGCGUUCCAUCCAGGUACUUGCUGAAUAUCCUGACACCAGCCAUGUGUCGGUCGUGGAUGAAGACGGCUGUUUGGCGAAACUGUUUCUGCCCCAGGAGCUGACUCCUGCUAUCCGGAAAAUCUUAGGACUGGAAGACCAGGUGGGAGUUUGAAGGUUCUUGGCUCUCCGGAAAGUGCUUUCUCUCAACCUUGCUGUCCUGCUGGUACCACUGUCUGCAAACUCCUCCCGUCCCCGAAUUUCAGAAACCAAAUAUUUUACAAACUUCUGUACAAUCUGUGUGGUCCUUGUUUCGCGUGUACCAGAUAACGUCUUUACCGUAUUGUAUUACAUCCGCAAGGAAAGCUUCCGUCUUUGAGUUGUGCUCUACUACUGGUGAUGUACCAUCCCCGAACUCCUGUACGUGUACUUCGCAAUGCGGUGGCCCAUUCAGCCUGGCGCUGAAGCGGCAUGCCGCCACAUUAUCCCUAAACUUCUCGUGUGACUCUGUUAACGUAUGGGGAGUGGGUAGUCGGUCGGUGAGGACACCCAGUUCGAUAGUUCCCUCUAUGCCAUAAUUGUCAUAGGUAAUCCCGACCACAUCUCUGACAGCCGCUGCGCCAGGCUCUUGUCGUUUAAAUUCGUACACUCCCUCCGUCUUCGUGGGUUUGCAUGAGUGGAUCGUCGUUAAUCCUAGAAAAAUAGGCUGCGGUUCUCGGCCGUCAUCGUGCUCGUAGAGAUCGACGACGGCAGCAAGGGAAAUGCCGCCGAGCACCCAGGGGUUGUGGCCCAAGAUGAGACCCUGCGCAGCAUACAAUUCUUCCACAAAAGACCACGGAAGUUUGACUACCCGCAGUCGCCUCCUAAGCUGUGGCGAGAGAUCUCCCAUCUCGCAGAAGACUUUAUAACAUGCAGCCUGCAGAAUAUCCCUGGGCGCAGUCGUGGAAAGUAAAUCCAAGUUACUCAGUUUGAGAUGUUGCUCAGCGCCGCUUCCAUUCAGAAGCUUGCUUCGCGCUGAAGCAACCGCAAAGUAAACCGCGUCCCG